UCCACACCGGUGCCUCGCGCCCUCAGCCAAAGCAGCGUUACGUCACCCGCAGCUCGAGCCAUAAAAGCCCCGCGGAGCAGCGCGCGAGAGAGAGAGCUGCAGAUCCACAGCAUCAACAUGUUCACCCAGGAGCUCCACAAGCCCCGCCCACCGCACUGCUCCGCCCACUGCAACAUCAAGCUCUUUGUCCUCUGUCAGGGUCUUCUACAGCUCACCCAGCUGCUCUACAGCUCCUACUUCAAGAGCACCAUCACCACCAUCGAGAGACGCUAUGGCCUUGACAGCCUGUCCUCAGGAACCAUCUCUUCCCUCCAUGAGGUUGGGAACGCAGUGCUGAUUGUGUUUGUUAGUUACCUGGGCAGCCGUGUCCAUCGCCCUCGGGUCAUCGGCUUUGGUGGGCUACUGAUGGCCAUCAGUGCUAUGAUCCUGGCACUACCUCACUUCCUGUCUCAGCCCUACACCUACGACACUGUCCUGAAAGCGAAAACACACGACAUGUGUUACAGUUCGACUCUGCAUGUGAACAGAACGACGUGUGGUCAGCAGGACAGCCACAUGCUGGUGGAUAACACUAAGCUGUGGGUGCUGAUGGCCACCGCCCAGCUGCUGUUCGGUAUCGGCUCCGUCCCAAUCCAACCCUUUGGGAUCUCAUAUGUGGACGACUUUGCUGGACCUGGAAACUCCCCUCUCUACAUUGCUAUUUUGUUUUCUGUGUCUGUGUUCGGACCCGCUUUCGGAUACCUAAUGGGUUCUGUGGUGCUGCGGAUUUAUGUGGAUAUUGACAGAGCCGAUGCAGUGGGAGCUCAGGAGCUGACCCCGAAUGACCCCCGCUGGGUUGGAGCGUGGUGGAUGGGGCUGCUGAUCUCUGCUGGGGGGCUGGCUCUCACCUCCAUCCCCUACUUCUUCUUCCCGAAAGCCAUGCAUGUAGAGAACGAGAUUGGUCCUGAGGGCAAAGUUCUGAAGAACGACCAGAAGAAGUCGGACGUCUCCAUGCUGGACUUCCUCAAAAUGUUCCCGCGUAUGUUUGUGCAGUUGUUGAUGAGUCCGCUCUUCAUGCUGCUGGUUCUGACGCAGUGCUGUUUUUCCUCGGUGGUCGCCGGACUCGCCACCUUCCUCAACAAGUUCCUGGAGCGGCAGUACAGCGCCUCUGCAGCCUACAGCAGCCUGCUGAUUGGUGCGGUGAAUCUUCCGUCUGUGGCGAUCGGGAUGCUGAUAGGGGGCGUGAUUAUGAAGCGUACUGGCCUGUCACUUAAAGCCAUUCCCCGGUUCUCCAUCGUGUUUCUCACCCUCUCUGUGAUCUGCUGUAUCCCACUGUUCUUUAUGGGCUGCCCCACCCAGACUGUAGCUGGUGUUUACCCACCUCCUAAAGGAGACCAUGGGCCGCUGCAGACCUGCAACUCCAACUGUUCCUGUCCCAGUAGCGCCUUUAACCCAGUCUGUGGAGCCAACAACAUCGAGUACAUUUCCCCCUGCCAUGCAGGCUGUACCAACUUCACCCUGGACCCUAAAAACCACUUCAGAGUACAGUCCUUCAGUAAGUGCAGCUGUGUUGCGGUGGGAGCUGGGUUGGGCAGUGCCCGGCCCGGCCCGUGUGCCAACAGCUGCCCUCACCUUCUUCUGCCCGUCAUCUUCUUAAUCUCUAUAGCUGCACUAAUAGCCAGCCUGACUCACAACCCCAUAUACAUGAUGUUCCUCAGGACGGUGCCUCAGGAGGAGAAGUCCUUCGCUAUCGGGGUUCAGUUUCUGCUGAUGAGGGUUCUGGCCUGGCUGCCCGCUCCGGCUCUGUUCGGGAUCACCAUUGACUCCACCUGCAUCUGGUGGAAGAAUAUCUGUGGGAAGAAGCUGGGCUGCGGAUACUAUGAUAACAACCUCCUUAGAAACAGGUAUCUUGGGCUGCAGGUGGGCUUUAAGCUGGUGGGCAUUGCCCUGAUGGGUGUGAUCAGCUGGAAGGUCGGUAGAACCCGAGAGUACAGUCUGGAGAAGAGGCCUGAUGGACCACUGUGAUGCUUUAGUCCCAUCAGAACACACAGUAUACACUGGAGACGCUUGUCUCUGAGGGCCCACCGCAGGCCCAGAACCCUGGACACCUCUUAUCAGAACCCCCAGAACUCCACUCACGGUUCUGCUGAACGAGCACGACCAUAUCCUUCUCAGUCAUGAGGAGGUCAAUCAAACUCAUUGACUGGUGGUCAGAUGGAGGAAUGCUAUUUCUACCGUCCAUUCUUUUGCACUGACAUGCAGCCAAGCCUGUAUCAGUCCUCUUAUUGGAUGAGCCAUACUGGGCCUGGAGAGAGACCAUUUCCAACUGAUCAAUUUACAUAAAACAACAUUUAAUAAAUAUAAUCAAUUUGCAGUUCCACAUAAAACAAUAGAACAAUUUUACUGCUGCUUGGAAAGUCUUGGGUUCUCACUCACUUGCCAAAUAUUUUGAAUUAUUCUCUGUAGUAGCUGGAAAUGUGAAGAAAAACUGAUACAAGUUACAUCAUUACAAGUUGGGACAGUGUGGAAAAUGACAAUACUUUUAAAAAAUGCAGCGUUUCACAUUUACUUCUAAAAAAUGUCCACAUUUUUCUCCCAAUUUAGCUCGGCCAACUGUCCCACCCAUUUAGCUGUUAGUCAGUUGUACAUCCCCCAUUACUGAUGAUGCCACAACACAAGGAGGUUGAAGACUAGCAUGUGAAAUAUAUCAGAACUGCUUUUUGACCUGCUGCUGAUGCAAGAUUUCCGAGUGGCAUCACAGCGCAUUUGGAGGAAAUACUGAUACAUCAGCUCACAGAUGCCUUAUGCUGAUCUAUAUCACCCUAGGAGUGAUAAGGGGGAAAAGCGCCAUCUACCCAUCCAGAGAGGGCAAGGCCAAUUGUGCUCUUUUGGGGCUCUAUCAGCUGAUGGCAAGCUGCAUGACCUGGAUUCAAACCCGCAAUCUCCUAAUCAUAAUGGCUUCUGCUGGACCACGAUCUUGGUUUCAUACUGUCUGCAAUCAAAUAGAAGUCUAAGUAAAUGUAAGAAACACUGUGUUUUUUAUUUGCAUUUUCCAUACUAUUCCAACCUCUUUUGUUUUAGGGUUGUAAAUGUUACGCUGUAACUGUCAAUAUAUUUUACAGUAUGGGUGCCUUAAGAUUUGUAAAUAUAUAUUUUUGUACAUUAUAUAAUUUUUAUAUGAUAUUACUGAUAUAAUUGUCAGCACAAACUGUUAUAAUCAAGCCUUAUGUGAUGAUCACAAUGAAAAUUGCAUUGCAUCUGUUUUUUUUUAUGCUGGGAGUAGCAAUUACUCCAUAUUUAGCUUAUCACAAUGAUAAAAUAAACAGUACACAAUCUAAAUCCUAAGUUAUUUUUGAAGCAUUAUAUUAAAGCUAAUAAAAUGAUGGAAAUAUGUGAAA